AUGACAGAAGAUCAGUUCAAGUGUCUGAUUUUCAUUUGCGGUCUCCAGUCACACUCCGACAGUGAUAUCAGGACCAGGUUAUUGAGCAAGAUUGAACUGUCCCCAGAUAUUACGCUACAGCAGAUAACGCAUGAGUGUCAACGUUUGGUAAACCUCAAGCACGAUACAGCCAUGUUGGAGCGUUCAUCAUCCAACUCCACUUUCAAUGUCACGAAGACAUGCUUAAGACAACCCACCGGAACAGCAGCAGAUGUCUUAGCGAAACCACCAUCCGCGUGCUGGCAGUGUGGCAAAUGGCAUUUCGUAAAGUUCUGCCCCUAUAAGAAGCACAGAUGCUCAGUGUGUAACCGACGCGGCCACAAAGAAAAUCAGUGUCUAACAAGGAAACCUGUAGUGACCUGGAGAUUUCCCCGUAUGACUGUGUAA